AUGUGGGAGUGUCAGAACUCUGAAACUUAGUACUGCUAAUUUUCUUAGUAAUCUGGGUCAGGCUUUUAAGUUUAAAAUGAGGGAUUCCAGCUUGACGAGUCUAAGAAAAUCGAUUAUAAAUAGAGUGAGUAAUAUGGAUUUUGCGUUGGCAAAUAUGGAAUCUUAAAAGAUAUGUUGCCCGGCUAGCCUUGCUAAGAAGACUUUUAGUGUACAAGUAAUAGAUGUCUAUAUGGAAAGUGCAUAGGAGGCUAUGGUGGAGAUCCUUGCUUGACAGAAACAGAUUGCCAUGCUGGAUAUUUCUGCAAUAAAUUUUAGAAUGGUCAAACAAAAUACAAAGUUUGCAUCUUGAAGAAAAAGUUAGGUGAUGCUUGUUAAAACGAUAAGUAAUGUCUCAAUCAUCAAAUAUGCAUACCUUACCUAAAUAUCAAUGGAACUGAAAGCUAAUAUAAAUACUGCACUGAAAGAUGGCAGCUUUAGGAUGGAAAGGCAGCAGCUGAUUAAAGAGUAUGCUUGAAUAAUACCAUAAAUGAUGGAAGGUGCUCUGGUAUCUCUAAUGUGUAUUAGAUAAGCGAUAUCUAGGAAUACAGUCCUUGGCCUUGUGAUCCUGAAUAUGGAAAUGGAUAUUGCAUCACCAAAUUUAAUAUUGCUUUGACCUCUCAAACAACAAUAGAUACUUCUAAAAUAAAAUGCCAAUGUUCUUUGUUUAAUAAAUCAGAGGGAUAUUGCUAAUGGCCUGGAUAGCAAGCCCAUUAGCUGUUCUAUUAGUCAGCCUAUUAAUUGUAUCUCUACUCCCCUAGAUGUCACUCUAAUCUAAUACUUGAUGAUCCCUUAUACUUAGAUUUGUUUUAGAUUUACCAAUGUACAAAUUUACCUGAUGAUUAGUUUGAGUAAUUCUAUGACCAAUGGAAAAAUUGGAAAUAUAGAGCACCUAUUGAAUCAACUUUCUAGAACAAAAGCUGCCUAAGCACGAUUAUACCUAGCUAUGAUACUUAAAUUUAUAAGGUAAACACGAUAUUUUAUGCAAGUGCUGAAAGUAUGGAGUACAUUUCUUCUAUGAGGAAUUAUUUGCUUGCUUUUGUAAUAUUUAUUUAUUUUUGA